CUUGUAGCAAAAUUCCAGUGCCAUAAUAAUAGCUGAAAGCUCCCCUGGCAAAUGCCGUAGGGCCUUAAACCUAACAGAGAGACUCCGAUCUCGUCUCUCUCCUAGCCUGAGAAAAUCCCCGAACCUAAAAACCCGAGUGCGAAGAACAGCGCUAUCCAAAAAAACCGAAAGCAAUUUCACAAUUGAAAUCCCUAGACCAUGAGUAUCGAGCCUUUCAAUAGGUUGGUGAAGCUCGCGGCGAGGGCGUUCUACGAUGACAUAACCACGAAAGGGGAUAAUCAGCCCAAGACUGGCCGGAGCGACAAUCGGGGAAUUGCCGUGGUUGUGCUCGACGCGCUCUCAAGGCGACAAUGGGUGAGAGAAGAGGAUUUGGCAAAGGACUUGAAACUGCACUCGAAGCAACUUCGUCGUACUUUGCGAUUUUUUGAGGAGGAGAAACUGGUCACUCGAGACCAUAGGAAGGAGACAGCUAAGGGUGCAAAGAUAUUUAGUGCUGCAGUUGCGGCAACAGCUGACGGUCAACAACAUACAAAAGAAGGGGAAGAGAAAAUUAAGUUGCACACUCACUCUUACUGCUGUCUGGACUAUGCUCAGAUAUAUGAUGUAGUAAGGUACAGACUGCACCGUAUGAGGAAAAAACUGAAAGAUGAAUUGGAGGACAAGAACACAGUUCAGGAAUAUGUAUGCCCUAACUGUGGGAAAAGAUACAACGCUUUGGAUGCACUGCAACUCAUUUCUUUGGAGGAUGAGUACUUCCACUGCGAGAGUUGCAAUGGGGAGCUUGUGGCUGAGAGUGACAAGCUAGCUUCUCAAGAUGUAGGAGAUGGAGAUAGCAAUGCAAGGAGGCAAAGGCGUGAAAAACUGAAAGACAUGCUUCAAAAUAUGGAGGUACAGCUGAAGCCUUUAAUGGAACAAAUUAAUAGGGUGAAAGACUUACCUGCUCCUGAAUUUGGAACUCUCCAAGCUUGGGAAGCACGAGCACAUGCUCAACGACGUGCAGAGAAUGGAGAAUCUAGUGCCAUGGAUCCCUCCAAAUCUUCACAUGGGCUAGGGUACGGUGGAACGCCCAUGCCUUUUCUUGGAGAUACAAAAGUUGAAGUUGAUUUUGGGAAUGAAGGCAAGGGUAACGAUGUCAAAUCAGAAGCUGAUAUUACAGGCCAGAAAAUUUUGCCACCUUGGAUGAUAAAGCAAGGGAUGAACCUUACAAAGGAACAGCGUGGAGAGGUAAAGCAGGAGGCAAAGAUGGAUGGCACUUUAGCAGCUCCAGAGUAUUCAGAUGACAAAAAGUCAAAUGCUGAAGAUAAUGAGAAGGCUUUCCAGGAUGAGUAUUUCAAAGCCUAUUACGCUGCUUUAAUAAAAAGACAAGAAGAAGAAGCAGCAAAGAGUCGUCAGGUUGGCAUGAAGUCAAAACGUGAUCCGAAUGAAGGAGAUGAAGGAGAAGAUAAUGUUGACUGGCAAGAGGCUCCAGUUGCAGGUGAUGCCAAUGGAAAUUACAAGGUCAAUGACUUAAACGUCGAAGCCGAUGCUACUGCAGAGGAUGAAGAUGACAUAGACUGGGAGGAAAGUUGAAUAGCCAAAGGCUUUUCCAUUCUUAUCCUUCUUUACAGCUGACUACGAUCUAGGUCCCUCCUAUUGUUGAAGUUGCAUUAUCUCUCAAUUCUUAGAUAUUUCUUCCAAUUGAUGUAUCAAGCACUGCCGAUGUAUAGCCUUGCCUUCAUUUGCAACUCCUUGUGGUCGAUCUCUGCUUGCAGAUGUUUUAGUGAGGGAAAUGCAACAGUGUGAAAUAGUGCCAUUAUCCAUUGAAGAUUCAAGAUUGUAAGGAGCUGCUUUGUUGGUUUUGUUAGGAAUGACUGUAAUUACUGAUAAUGUCAUAGCAGUACAAGGAAAACAUUCACAAAAUA